AUGGGUCUCUUCCAGCCUCGUGUUCGGCCGACCUGCCGAGCCGAGACUGAUCAGGAGACUACGGCCCACCACGAUACAGACUCGGUAACUGAAAUUGAGUCCGAGACCGAGACCCUUGCCCGCACCAGCUCAGACUCUGGCAUCGACGCCAGGUCCGACUGCUGUCCAACCCCCAUCCACGACGACGACAAGAUCAAACCACCACCACCAUCAUAUGCCUCUUUCAUAUCAUCCAAAGAGAAGGGGGUUGUCAUUUCGACCAUUCCCCUCACCUCUUCCGAGUGUUCCUCCUCCUCCUCCCUAGAUUCGUGGGACACGGAGAAGGAGAAGCCAUCCCCGGCAGGCCCGUCUGGAGGAUGGCGCCGCGGAGCUGGGUUUUGGAGGUGCUUCGCAGCCGUUUGUAUACCGAUCCUCUUGUCCGCCUUUGAGGGGAGCGUGGUCAGCACCGCUUUGCCUACCAUCUCUAGCUCUCUCAACCUGGGAUCAAACUCAUCCUGGGUUGCCACGUCUUUUCUCCUAGCGUCCAUUGUCUUUCAGCCGCUGUACGGCCAGCUCGCUGACAUCUGCGGCCGCCGGCCUUUGAUGAUGGCCGCCGUCGUCAUCUUUGGCAUUGGAAGCGCCAUCUCGGGCUGGGCCGACUCGAGCGCCGUUCUGAUCUUUGGCAGAGUGGUUCAAGGAAUGGGCUCAGGGGGCAUUGAUCUCUUUGCAGAACUGAUCCUCUGCGACAUAAUCCCGCUGCAGAAAAGGGGACACUACGUCGCCAUCAAGGCGGCCGUCUACGCCCUCGGAACAACCGUCGGUCCUUUGCUGGGAGGAGUGUUUGCCACCAUGAACUGGCGGUGGUGCUUCGGCAUCAACAUUCCCAUCUGUCUAAUCGCCCUGAUCCUGAUGUGGUUUUGGCUGAGCCUCAACAACGGGAACCCCUCCAGAACAUGGCGAGAGCUGAGGUUCAAGGUCUCGCAGGUCGACUUCUUGGGCAUCACCGUCUUGACCGCCAGCGUCAUCAUGAUGCUCUUUGGUUUCACCUCAGCGGCUGUCAGCUCUUGGACCUCGCCUCCCAUCUUAGCUUUCGUGGGGACAGGCUUGCUGGGAAUUGUUGCGUUUGCGUUUUGGGAGCGAAGCGAUAGGUGUUCGCACCCCAUCAUGGCCCCCCACGUCUUCAGCAACAGGACGACCAUAGCCGCUUUCGCUAUCACCGUGAUCCACGGGUUCAUCACCUAUGGCUUUCAGUUUUACCUGCCGCCCUUUUUUCAAGUCAUUCUCGGCUCCUCGCCAACCCAAUCAGGAAUCCUCAUCCUUCCUUGCACACUGACGAUUGUCAUCCUGGCGGCCCUGGGCGGGCCACUGCUGGCAAAGUUUGGCAGAUACAGGCUCAUGCACCGUGUGGGCUUUGUUCUCAUGGCCGCCGGUCUGUUCCUCUGCGUGGUCUACCAACAGUCCACCUCAACUGCUCUGUGGAUACUGUUUUCAUUCCUGGUCGGCAUCGGAUCCGGUAUCAUCGUUUCCACCACCCUGCCCACCGUUCUCGUCCAGCUUACCGACAAGGAGAAUGCCGCAGCCACGGGAUCCUGGGCAUUUCUCAGGGGCCUUGGCUCGCUCCUGGGUGUUGCCGUUCCCAACGCAGCGUUCAACGCUCAGUUCGCGGCCAGCAUAAAGUCUAUAGACGACGCGAAUGCGCAGGACCAACUCAGCAACGGACAGGCGUACGAGCAUGCAUCGGCCAGCUGGAUCAGCGCGUUCGGCGACCCAGGUGUGCAAGACCAAAUCAGGGCCGUCUUUGCCUCCAGCCUCAAGCUGGUCUGGGUCAUCUUUCUGGCCAUGGCGCUUUUCGGCGCAGCAGUGACCUUUCUGGAGAGACAUGUAGCACUUAGAAAGGAGUUGGACAGCAAAUUUGGGUUGCUCGAGAAGACCAAGGCCAUCUCGGCUGGCGAAAAGGUGUAA